CGUAUUGACUUCCCUAGUCUGAAGUGGAAUAUUCCUGAUUGGAAAAACACAUGUGUGGUUAUGUUUUGUUGAUGGGCAUUCAAUGUGUGUGUCUAAAAGGUAGACACAGUCAGUCUCUGUCAUGGAACUCAACUGGGAUGCGCCCCUGAUCAAUGGACAGCAGUCGUUCUUCACAGAGACCAGAUAUAACCAGUUCACCAUCGCUCCACCAUUUGAUUCACACCUUUGUCAGGUGAAGGAAAGAUUCCAAAGCCGGGCUGCAGAAACUUCCAAGAAGAGUCUGACACAAGCGGAGCUACAAAAUGUCCAGGGGACUCCUAGUCCUACAGUUAAGCAGCCGACUGCUGCCGCGAAACCUUCGCUCACAUACCCCGCUCCUCGCAUCCCGUUCCCUCGGCUGUCCAGCCUGACGCACGUAGAGCAGAAGACUUACAUGGAGCUGUUCAGGAAGUACCAGUUCUACAACCCAGCACGGCCGCCUGGACCAGUAGAAAUGAGGGAAAUACAGCAAUUCAGAGACUUACAGAUGAAGGUUGGUCCAGAGCAGGAGGAGUUCAUGGGUUACCUGGAGUUUGUAGCCACACAGAGUCCUCAAGAUUACAGCUUCAUGCAGCCACAGGCUCAUAGAUACAUGCAGGAAGUUCUUUCAGCUAGCAACAGAAGUAUACCAAUGAUGGGUUACCCACAGUUUUACAAGGUUUACCAGACUGUGGGCAUCUCCACUGUGGGCUUCAAAACUGACCCUGUCAUGAGACAUGUCAAAACACUGCUGGAAAUGGGCUCUGUUCCUGGGUUGAAGCUUCCCAAAGCCAAUGAAACGGCCAAGAUUCUGCCUUCAUAUGAAGAGGUUGUGGAUCACAAACCAGUCGACAGUGCAACAAAUGCUGACAGAAGCACCAUGCAAAAGGAGGUGAGUAAAGAUGAGAAUGCAGAGAAACUAGCAGCCAAGUAUGGAGCUGGUAUAGUCCUGUCUGCUGAUGCUCUGUGCACCCUUUUGGACAACCAUGCACCUCACUACCAGGAGCAGUGGGAGCUACCUGUCAUUGUCAAGGAGUCAGCAGCAACAGGAGAUGGUACAAGUACAAGGACUGUUAUCAUUGACAAGCCCCUACCAAAGAAAAAGAUAACCACAAGAGAAAAGAACACACUUUUCCACAGCAUUGCCUUAGAGUUGCUUCUGACAGACAAAAGUGCUGGUACUGCACUGGAGAAACUGAGAUCAGAUAGAUACAAAGACAUGUCAAGCUUAGAUGCCCCCAUUGAAGAAGUGGAACCUUCCAGUUCCCUUGAAAAGGAUACACAACAGGAUGUAACCAAAGAGAAGAUGGGGAGGAGGACAUGUCAAGAAAUGGAGGAAGAUGACUUGCUUGGAAACAAUCAGGAUUUGACAGAUCUGGAAACCUUUGGCGAGGGAAGUAGAAGACGAAACCCUAAGAAAAUGUCGCCUAAGAUGCACGCAGUUCAGACCACAAAGAUCUCACAAGAACAACAAGACAGUGUGGGAGAAACUUGCACUGCAAAUCUAAAAGAUGUUAACUCAGGUGAUGAUCAGUGCAGAGAAUUUGAGCUGGAUAUCGGAAGCUCACAGAUGGAUGUAUCUGAGAAUGAUGAUGAGCCUCAAAUAGAGGCUAAAGAUCCUGUAGAGGAAAGCAAGAACAAUGUUACAACCAGCACACACGCAUCUUUAGAUAGUGAUGUAAACUCUCAGAGAAAAGAAGUUCAACUUGAAGCAGAAGGAGAUAGGAGUGAAGUUGAUAAAGAGGAGACAAAGGAGUUAACAGGAAGAGUACAUCUGAGUCAGGACAGUGACAGUGAUCUUGGAUUGAUGAUCGUGACAGACUCAGAUUCUCAAGGGGAGGGGUCACCUGUAAAAAGGCAAAAGAAGAUGUCUGAAACAUUAGAGUCUAGUGCUGGCAAAGAAGAACCGGGACACUUUUCAAGUAGGAUAGAAGAAAAGCCACAGUUUAAAGAAACAGAGCAAGAAUCUUUAGGGAACAAAGAUGAAGAGAAAAUUGAAGGAGAGAAUGAAAGCAAAGUUAUUGAGUCAGCCAUGACAGGAAUGACCUUGAGGAGUAGAAGGUCAACAGGACAGGCUAAAAGUAGCCCAAUGUCACCACCUGUCAAAAGACAGAGGAUGGAAGAACCUAGCACUGGUAAGGGCAAAGUAGCUAAAGGAAGCCCACCAAAGACAGAAGAAAAGUCAAAAACAGGUUUGCAGAAAAAUUCGAUAGAAUCUGAUGGUUCUUCAGACAGUACUAUUCAGGCAAAAGCACCACAGGUGAUCAAAGACAAAGAUCCUGAAGACAAAAUGGACAGAUCGGAUGAAAAGACUGAUGCAGUGGCUCCUGCAGUUAGAAGUCCAAAGGAAGGAGGCGCUGUUAGCAGGGAAAGGGGUGCAGCAGCUAAGCCUGAGUCAGAAGGAAAGGGUGGAGUUUUAGACACCGUGGGACAGAUUAUGCAGCUACAGGAGAAUCUGCAAAAGUUCCAGCCAGAGGAAAAACAAGGUCAAGUGAAACCUAGUACUCCACGUGGCGUGGCAUUACCACGGCAACCCUCCUCCUGCCCACAACCUGCACCUUUGGGAGUGAAGCCAGCACCACAUUCGCGUGAGCAGCUGGAAUAUUGCUUACCUGCGGAUCUGAAGAUGUGCCAGGAAAACCUGCAGGACUACACCAGGCCUGACAAGCACAAUGUGGUGUACAGUCUCAUGAGUUUUGGCAAGCUGUUGCUUCUGGUCAGGUCUGAACUUCCAGCUGUCUGUAGGACAACUGGGGGUCAUUUCAAGUGGUUUGCUCAUGUGCGUCCCAAGUUGGAGUACCAGCCAGACUUUGGGGUGGAACAGUUGACUCCUGGUGAGAUGUGUAGGGAAUGGAUCAGCACCUACAUCAUGCCUCCGGAAUCACGGCUUAUCAGAGUGAGGAUAAAUGCCUUCACCUCAGAGGUGAUGCUGGUUGAACAGCUGAAGCACAACCAGAUCUUGGACCACAGGGUUCACUUCAGCCCAGCGACAGCCAUGAAGAUGUUACUGAGCAUCCUUGAGAAGGUACAGAGUCUUCCACCAGGACACUUCCUCCUCACUCACAACCCAGGAGACGUGCACAUCUGUAUCUACCAAGGCCUGGACUCUUCAGCAGCAAAGAAAGGAGCCUAUGACCUCCACAGUGCUCACCAGCAGGCAGCAGCCACGCCCACCACAGAGACACGCCCACCUUGGGUACCACUGGACCCCAGCAUCAUCCUGCCUCAGCACUGGCAGAAUGGGCGAGUUCCAGCGACUUUUGAACCCCGACCUCCGAACCCUCCCCCUGGCAAACAGUGGCAGCCACAGGCUGGCAAAAAGAAGGGCAAGAAAAAGAAGAAAAGCAAACAGACGUAAUCUACUAUUUCACUAUAAAGCAGACACUAAACUUUUGCAUUAGGAAUUUUGCUUUACCUACAUUGCAGAUCUAACAAAACACUCUCACUCACUCACUCACUCACCCACUCUCUGGUUUAACCAUGAAAUUUUAAGAAAAAGAUCUGAAUACGAGAGUUCCAUAUGCUUUGUAUAUUUUUAUUUUCUACACAUGUAUGUACAUGUACAAAUACUAAAUGCUUUGCUAACUCACUGUCCAUUGUACAGUGUCAAACAUAUACAGAUUCCAAGCAAAAAAUCAACUCAGGCUUGUCCAAGUUUCAUCUACAUGUGUACAUAUUCUGUUCUUAGUUUACAUAAAUUACAUUGAUGCUUUCCAUAAUGUAAGCUUAUCCCAAUGUUGGACUUUUACGAAGCACCAAAUAGACAAUAGUAACCUUAAGAUCAGUAUUUUCCCUAUGAGAACAGAAUACAGCAUGGAAUAUUAACCAUGUUUCAUCAACCUGUCAUGUUUGAGCAAUGCCAUGGGAUGCUCUUUAUUUGAUAAAACUCAAACAAAAACAUUAAUAAAAUACUUUGAUGAUAAAAAAGAGGAUUCAAUGUGCAUUUUACUUAGAUGCAACAGAUGGUAAUUUUCUAUCAGCCAAAAAGCUUUACCCAAUACAAACUACAAACACUAGCAAUGGCUCAUACCGGUAACAUGCUUUGUUUUCGUCUCCUCAUUAAGAAAUGGUGUGGCUGAUACAACAAGCAAAGAAAAU